CAGACGAAAAAUGGCAGCCUCCGGAAAGCGUGGAGAUAGUGCUAGGCUUAAAAUAAAAAUCUUCCCCACUGACAUAAUAAUAAACUCUCAACAACAUGCUUUUACGAUGGAUCCAUUCUGGAUGAUGGUUUAUUUUUCUGAAUGCCCCACGAUUCGGGAUGUCAAAACAAAGAUUGUUUCUAGACUCAAUAUGCGGUCGAACAAAAUAAAAUUUAUUAAAAAACUUGCUCAAAGUAGUUUUCAAGGCUUACAAAAGAGUUUGUGUGAUGUUUCCCACUUAAACUAUAAUGAUUACCAAAAUAACAACAUAACUACUUUAACUCAAAACAGCAGCAUAGAAACGCCUGUUGCUCUGGCAUCACUAGAAAGUAGUUCAAAUUCUGUCAAUAGGAAACCUAAUGUUUUAUUUGAAUCUUGUCAAAUCAGCAUUGAUGGUUGCUUGUUGCCAAGUAGUGAAUUGUCAGAGAUACUUAAAGAUGAUGAUUUUGUAUCAGUUAAAGUUAAGUGCAAGAUACAUGAACCAAGCUGUGAAAACCAAGGUAUAUCAGAAUCAAGCCAUGGUGAACCAGGUUUAUUUAAUACUGAGGCUCAACCAUCCCUUAAUGGCACUGAAGUUAACCAUAAGAUAUCUGUUUCCCAAAAAUCUGAACCAAUGUUAAAAGAUGAAAGCUCCAGGAAACACAAAAAGAAAAGGAAACAUAGAUCUGAAGUAGGAACUGAUGACUUGAUUGAGAAUCAGAAAAAAAGAAACAAAACAGAAAAUAAAAGGAGAAAGGAAAGCAGCUCAGAAGUUGGUUCUAGUAAAGUGUUAGUUAGUCAGCAAACAAAGCCAAAUGAGAGCUGUUUUGUUGGCUCUGGUCAUAGUCAAGAAGUAAUUACAUCUGGUACAACAUCAAAAGCUUUCAAUUAUAAACAGAGUAAUUUAAUAAUUAACCCCAUUAAUGGAUCUUUGAAAAAAGACAAAAGUUCAUCAAAAAACAAAACUUCUAAAAAUGAAAUAUUAUUAGUUGGUUCAGAAAAUGAUGUUAGGGAUGUUGCACAAGAGAAUGUGGAUAAAGCCAAAGAUUCCUCUGAUGCCUGUACAGUUAGAUCAAGUGGUGAAGAAGUUGAGGAAGACAUUCAGUCUCUGAUACAACAAAAAAUCUUACAACUCCAGGAGGCUUCACUUGCAACAGACAAGACCAAACUCAGUGAUGAGAGCAGCACACCAGAUGCAGGAAAGACAAAACGCAAAAGGGUCCGCAAACGAAAGAAGAAGAACUCCAUAUUUGAUAAGACUGUUGAAAAAGUGGAAACUAAACCAACAGUCAAAGAUUACAAUUUGAACUUGCCAUAUCAUCUGAUGCCACAGAAUAGUCGAGUGACUUUUGAUGGCUGUUCUGAUGAUGAGAACAAUGAAGAUAUUAGUAUGAUAACAACUGAUAAUGGGGUAGAUGAUAGUCAUCAGGAACUGAAUGCAACACCCACUGUUGUUGUUGGGAAGGAAAGUUCAAAUAAACAGUUCAAAGAGAACGCAAGUAUUAGUUUUUCAUAUGCUCCGGAUAACGCAAAGCCUAGUUUCAAAGUGCCGUGUUCAUCAACGCCUGUGCCGACUCAGAUCUCGACAAAAGAAAAUAAAAUGGACAUGUCAAAGUCAUCACCUGCAGCCACAGGUGUCCCCAUCAACCCGGCAGACAAGUUCCAGCAGCUGUUGAACCAGAGGGGUUACACUGGCAGGAAGCUGGAGGUGACCCACACGGACUCGGGUCAUGCUCUGUGUGUCUCGUACAGGGAGAAGAGGGACAGGUCAUCUGCUGCAGCCAAUCCAGACACAGAUGAGUUGGUCAAUGUGUCGACUGUCAUGCAGCAUCCAAGUGUCAGAUCAGACGCCAUAGAAAACACUUUUCAUCAGAAACAGACUGUAGUAAAGGACACAAGAAAAAGUAGCACUGACUCAAUUGAUGGGCUACCACAAAUUGGAGACAUUAUUACUUUUAAGGUUCUAGAGUUAUCUGAAGAUUACCAGCCUGUUAUGUCUGACUUUAAGGAGGCCAAGGUCUUAAAUGUCAACGCACAGACUCAGUCUGUCCAACUGGAGAUCAGGGGGGAAAAAGGAAGAAAACGAACUGGUCGGUUUGAGUUGGUUUAUGAGGAUGAAAAUGAUGACGAGUUUUUUGAAAAUAGUGUGGACACAUUCAACAUCACAGAGCUAAUAGAGUUAAAGCUUGUGUCAAGAAACAGGACAUAAUGUCACAGGAGGAUGGUGCACCCUGUAGUGAGAUGGUAGAGAUGUGGUUUGUGUGAUGGUAUUUCUAUGUAAGAUGUUUUAUAGCCAUUCCAGUCAAUGUAAUAAUUUGUAGCCUUGUGGCAUCUGAUAGACCCAAGGGUUGUAAUGAGAGAGACUGUUUUAGGUAAUAUAGUCUAACACAAUUUUUUCUUGUAACAAUUUGAUAAAGUCUCUUAUUUUAUUGUGGUUCAAAUUUCUUCUGUCAAAUAACAAGAGUGAUGAAAUUAUUUUAUGCCAAUUCAGCUCAUUUUAUUUUACUGACAUUAAGACUACUGUUGAAUUUUAGUUUUAGUUUUGCUCUCUAACAGUUUUUUUUGCUGUAUUUCACAUCAUGGAUUACAUCAAAAUGUUGACAUUAUGUUAGUUUUAACUGAGGGACAACUCAAUUUUUUUUCCCCAUAUUAAGGCAAGGAAGAUAACCCUGAACUUUUUGUUAACACAAUGUAGAUUACUGAGUGUGUUUAUAAAAAUUUACUGUAAACUUUUUUUUAAAAAUGAAAUGGGUGUGCUUUAUGUAUAAGUUAAGGCUGUGGUAUGUCAAAGCGGAGGGUGUGUUGUAAGAAAAGACUAGAGGUACAGUAUGUAAGUUAAACUAGUGAUGUGUGCACAUGCUUGACUGAAGACAGUAUUAGCAAGCAAAGAAUUUUGCAGUCAAUGCUCAAGUCAUGCAGUUCAUCAGUGGGGUUGUGUUGUUAAAGCAGGACCCACUCAUCUAGUUAUUUCUUGUCUGAGAGUCCUUGAGGCAUUGUUCUAGGCAUAUCCCUGGAGUUUUUCAAUGAAUUUUUUUUAUACUUUUUUGUACAAGUUGUAUUUUUUAAUUUACAAAUGUUGUUAACAUGAAUGUAUUUAAACAAUAAUUUCAACUUUGUGAAUGUUGCAAUAUUGUCUCUACUAUAAAGAAAUGUCAUUUUUUUAAGGUUUAUUUUUAAGUGUCAUCUCCUCCAGGUCACGAGUUUACCUGGACAGUAGACUCUCAGACAGUAUUACCUGCAAUGAUACCUCUUUUCACUAUUUCUGUUUGUUAAAAAAUAUGUAACAACUUUUUAAAAAUAUUUAUUUCAUUUCAUUUUUAAGGGGUAGAAUUAAAUGGUUUGUUGUGUAUUACAGAAUAAUACUUGUUUAAUGACGAGGUCAAGUCAAUUUUUAGUUCCAUUUUUAGAGCAAAACUUGUUACAAAUCAAUGGCAAGUUACAUUGUUUGGUUCCAUUUUAGAGUAAAACUUGUUCCAUGUCGUAAUUUUCAUAAAACCUGUUGAAUGUUGUUGCAGCCCAAGGUGUUGGCGCUGGAAAUAAAAUUUGAUGAUUUGA